UUCUAAUGUCAUUUAAUAAACUCAGCUGUUAAAGGGGUGACUGACAUUACUUUGACGUCUGUAAAAUCGUAUAGUGAUUAUUUCGACGUGUUUUGCUAAAUUAAGGGAAAUUUUUGCUGAACGCCCGUAGAAAGGUACUAGAAAUCGAGAAAACAUGAGCGAAUUGAGUCAAGAAGAGAUCCGCAGAAGACGUUUAGCUCGUCUGACAGCUCGUGAAAACACUUCCCCGUCCAGUUCGGUGUCCCCUCCGGUAACCCCCAUCUCGCAAUCGCCGGGAAUAAACCGGAACCAGAGUCCUCUGGCCUUCGAGACCCAGAGCACGCCCACGGAAGAGAAAUGCUUCUCCGACAUGGGCAAGACGCUGAUUGACAACUUGGAACCAAACGAACACGAACAACUGAAAUCCGACGGCAUUUUCAAGGAACCUAGCAAGCCCAUUGACAUUCACAUGCCUUCCAGCUCCAAGGGCAGGUCGAGGGCACCCCCGCAACGCAGCGAUUCGGAGACGAGUUCCAUCCACAUGGAGGUGGACGAGGUCAGCGGGUGCGCCGAUAAGGUGGGGGCGAAUACGGACAUCGAUUCUGGAUUCGAGAAUAUGGAGGUGGAUGAGUCAGACACCCUGAAGAAAGACGUACAAAGGCAACGAACGACGUCAUCGUCGACCGAGCUAACCGAAGAGCAGCUACAAUCCACAGUCGGGAGGGUCUUGCAUUCCACCUUCAAACAGCCCUCCGAGAAGCAUCUGUAUCUGCCGGAAACGGCGGAUCAGAUGAAACAGAACCCACACAUGUCAAUUCGUGACUUAACCUCCAACGCCAUCAUGGAAGUCUUGUCGCAGAUAGCGAACGGUGGCGAUCCCUUUAAAAACUUAAACGCCGUCAUGGACACUUGCGAGACGACUAGCGUCGGUUCGUUUUCGGCAAGCCCCACGCAGAAUCUAAGCCCGUCGCCUAGCCCCGUUGGAGUAUGCCCGAUACCCUUGCUGACGAUGAAGGUCACGAAAGAGAACAAUGACACACCGCUGACACUAGCCUUGAACUUCCUGAUGGACUCUUAUAAUAGGGUUAGCGUGGAGGAGCGGAAUCACCCGAAAAAAUCCAGCAUUCCUCCACUGAUCGACGUAUUGACGGAACUUAGAGCGCAGAUAAUCCACUACACAACUCUUCUGGUGCAGGGGUACAUCGUACCGAACGAAGACGUCAGUAAAUCUCCUUUACUGCCUCCAAUUUUGCAACAGAGCAUGCCCAGGGGGUUCCUAACUGAGCUGGUGACCAGGACGCACGCGAACGAGGGACUGUUCUCCAACGUUUUCAGUCCGAUCCUGCAGAGCUUGUUCAAGAUGAUGCAGACGGCGAGUAUAGUCGGGGACGAGCACAGGAUACCCAUCCAAACCCUGUACGAGCUGGCGGACAUACGUUGCGGCUCCCGCCCGAUCUGCACGUUGAUAACAAAGCAGAUGCAGUUCAUGCCGGAGCCAUGCACGCCGGCGCAGGGCCGGGAGAUGAUGCGCUCGUCGUUCCUGGGCCCCUUCCUCUCCAUAUCGGUUUUCGCUGAAGACGAGCCGAAAGUGGCGGAAAAAUUCUUCUCCGGCAACUCGUCGAGCGACAAGAGCCUGAUCCAGACGCUGCAGCUGGAGCUGGAAAACACGAGGGCCAGCCAGACGAGGAUUUUCCACUUCAUGAUGGCCAACCAGGAGAGCCGGGACGUCUGCCUGAACUACUUAGCGCAACUGUUAAAGUACAACGAAAAGAGAUCUCAGCUUCAGAUGGAGGAGAGGUCGUUGGCCGGCGACGGGUUCAUGCUGAACUUGUUGAGCGUGCUGCAGAACCUGUCGAUCAAGAUCAAGCUGAACAAGAUGGACUUCAUGUACCCCUUCCAUCCGAGAGCCUUAAUCAGUAUCAAGAAUGAUACGAGACUGAAAUUCACGUCGCAGGAGGUCAGCGAUUGGUUGGACGAAUUCGGGAAAACCCACGAACACCAGCCGCCAAACUUCUCGACGAUUUGCUGGUUCCUGACCCUGCACUGCCAUCACCUUUCGCUGUUGCCCGCCUUGCAGAAGUACCAGAGACGUCUGCGAGCCAUCAGGGACCUGCAGAAGCUCCUCGACGAGACGGUGGCCGCGGAGGCGCAGUGGCGCAACACCCCCUUCGCCAAUCGCAAUAAGCAGUUCAUUAAGAGGUGGAAGCAGCAGCUCAAAAAACUGAACAAAUCGAAGGCCUGCGCGGACGCAGGCCUGUUGGACAAAAACCUCAUGCGGAGGUCCCUAAUAUUCUACACUUCCGUGUCCGAGUUUCUAUUAAGUCUGAUGAGCAAUACCCCGCCGGGUGACUCCGCGCCGAACUUACCACUGCCAUCGCCACCCCCGCCAGCCUUUUCCGCCAUGCCGGAGUGGUACGUGGAGGACAUCGCUGAAUUUCUUUUGUUUGCCUUACAGUAUUUCCCGACCGUCAUAACGGACAACAUGGAGAACUCCCUCAUCACCUGGCUGCUGGUCACGAUCUGCUCCUCCAGCAUGGUCAGGAACCCCUAUCUCGUUGCCAAACUAGUCGAAGUAGUGUUUGUGAUCAUCCCCACCAUACAGCCCCGUUGCGAGAUGCUCUACAUGCGUUUCAUGAAUCACCAGAUAUCGCAGACACUGUUGCCCAGCGCCCUCAUGAAGUUCUACACCGAAGUUGAAACUACCGGGUCGAGUUCGGAGUUCUACGAUAAGUUCUCGAUCCGGUACCACAUCAGCUUGAUCAUCAAGGGAAUGUGGAGUUCGCCGAUCCACCGUCAGGCACUGAUCAACGAGUCGCGCAGUGGCCACCAGUUUGUCAAGUUCGUCAAUAUGCUGAUGAACGACACGACGUUCCUGCUGGACGAGUCCCUCGAGUCGCUCAAGCGCAUCCACGAGGUGCAGGAGUUGAUAAGCGACGACGCCAAGUGGUCAAAACUGCCCUCGGAACAGCAGCAGAGCCGCAUGAGACAGCUCAGCUCCGACGAGAGGCAGUGCAGGUCGUACCUCACCCUGGCCAGGGAGACGGUCGACAUGUUCCACUACCUCACGGUGGACAUAAAAGAGCCCUUCCUCAGGCCCGAGCUGGUCGACAGGCUGGCUUCCAUGUUGAAUUUCAAUUUGCAGCAGCUGUGCGGGAAGAAGUGCAAGGAUUUGAAGGUCAGGAACCCGGAUAAGUACGGGUGGGAGCCCAGGAGGCUGCUGAGCCAGCUGGUCGACAUUUACUUGCACCUUGAUUGUGAUAAGUUUGCGGAGGCGCUCGCCGGCGAUGAGAGGUCGUUCAGGAAAGAACUCUUCGACGAUGCGGCGGUGAGGCUGGAACGCAUCCUGAUAAAGACCCCCGUGGAAAUAGAGCAGUUCAAAUCGUUGGCAGCUAAGGCCCACCGCAUCCUGGAGACGAACCAGAAGUCGGAGGAUUGGUUGGCGGACGCUCCGGACGAAUUCAAGGACCCCCUGAUGGACACCCUGAUGACGGAUCCCGUCCUGCUGCCCAGCGGCCAGAUCAUGGACAGGUCGGUGAUCAUGAGACACUUGUUGAAUAGCAACACGGAUCCUUUCAAUCGGCAGCUGUUGACCGAGGAGAUGUUGAUUCCUGCUGAAGACUUGAAAGAGAGGAUACGGAUAUGGAAGCACGAGAAGACCUCCAAAACAAAUUGAAUUUAAUUUUGUACGAGUAAUUUUAUUUAAAAAUUCUUACAUUGAUUAUUAUUAUAUAAUAAUUGAUUUUUGUACUUUUUAUAUAAUACAGACAUGGUAAGAAAAUUGGUUUGAAGGAGGUUUGCUACGAAAGGCUUUGUUAAUCGGUAUUUAGUUUUCGUUUAAAAAUCGCGUUAUCAAACGGUAGUUAAUAUUGAGCUUUCGUACCGGCCUCUUGAUUUUAUUAUUGUUCCAAGGCUGAUGAGACUUGUAUUGAUCUCAACGUUGCUGUUAUUUUCUUGCAUUUUUCUCUUCUCUAUGACGAUUUCUUUUUAAUUAAUCUUUUAAACGGUAUCAAUUAGGAAUUAUUUAAUUUUGUUCGCGGGCAAUUUUUUUUCAUCCGGUUCGGAAACCUUGCUCGGUUUUGGAUGGAAGGUCGCUGUACAUACUUUACUACAAAUAGAAAAAAGUGAGAUGUAUAUUAACGUAACAGAGUUUGAAGUGCAGACGAAUCCGAUUAUUCCGGACGACGAGUGUUCCCGAGCUUCACGGGAUAAUCGGGUUCGUUUCCGAAUUUUUAUAUGAAAAAUUAUUAGGUGUAACAGUUUAGCAAAUAAAAAAUUUAUAUAAAA